AUGAAAAAAUUUUUGGUUAUUUUUACUUUAAUUAAAAUUAUCGCUUCUUAAUACUAAUACGAUAAUUUUGCUAAUGGCUUGGAUGUCUCUUGCGGUACACCAAAUUAAAAUGGUGGUAUUGCUAUAGACUGUAAUGGAUGUGGCGUUAAUAGUUAUUUUCGAAAUUAUUUCAUACCUUCUAAGAACGGUGGUUCAAACUGUAUUGUUGCUGAUUGUGUAACUGAUCCAGUUGGAGAUAUCAAUGGUUGGAUGUGUGGUUCUUGUGCUACUUUUUAAUCUAGUUGGAGUUAUGGCGGUCCAAAUUUUAUCUACUUGGAAAAUGGUAUUUGUAAAUACUAAUGUGAUCCAGAUUAUAUUAGUGAUGAAAAUUAUAUUUGCAAAUAUAAGUAUGGUAAUGAAGUUAGUUGUGGUAAUGUGGAUGAUCCAGCUUAUUUUUGUAAAGGAUGUAGUGAUGACUCGAAUAUCUAUACUAGAUUUAUAUUUACUUCAUAUCCAAAUUGUAAAUAUAAUAAUUGUAUUAGUUAACCUUUAAGUGGUAUAAAUAGUUGGGUGUGUAAAUCCUGUAUUGGUGUUAUUGGUGUUAAUAAAGCUUUUAAAGAAGCUUGUCUUAGUAAAGAUGUUGGUUGUGGUACUGCAGGUGCAUCUGGGGGUAACGCUACUAACUGUAAUGGUUGCGGUGAUAAUAGUACAAUCUAAAGUUUAUUCUCUGUUUCUGCUACUCCAAAUUGUAAGGUCACUGAUUGUAGUUCUGAUCCAGGUUCUAAUCUCAAUAGUUGGAUGUGUCGUGCAUGUAAUGGUGUAAUAGGUGCUCAUUCAGCUUAUUCUGGUGGUUAAUUACUGAGUGGAGCUGCUUGUGUUGCCAGUUGCCCUUCAGGCUAUUAUGCUGAUUCAAAUUAUAUUUGUAUAGUUGCUCUUUAUGGUGCAGAUGUUGGUUGUGGUUCUGCAGGUGCAUCUGGGGGUAACGCUACUAACUGUAAUGGAUGUGGUGAUACAAGUACAAUCCAAAAUUUAUUUUCUGUUUCGGCAACUCCAAAUUGUAAAGUCACUGAUUGUAGUUCUAAUCCAGGUUCUAAUCUCAAUGGUUGGAUGUGUAAAUCCUGUAAUGGUGUCACUAAUGCUCAUUCAGCUUACUCUGCUGGUAAAUUACUGAGUGGAACUGCUUGUGUUGCCAGUUGCCCUUCAGGUUAUUAUGCUGAUUCAAAUUAUAUUUGUAUAGUUGCUCUUUAUGGUGCAGAUGUUGGUUGUGGUUCUGCAGGUGCAUCUGGGGGUAACGCUACUAACUGUAAUGGAUGUGGUGAUACAAGUACAAUCCAAAAUUUAUUUUCUGUUUCGGCAACUCCAAAUUGUAAAGUCACUGAUUGUAGUUCUAAUCCAGGUUCUAAUCUCAAUGGUUGGAUGUGUAAAUCCUGUAAUGGUGUCACUAAUGCUCAUUCAGCUUACUCUGCUGGUAAAUUACUGAGUGGAACUGCUUGUGUUGCCAGUUGCCCUUCAGGCUAUUAUGCUGAUUCAAAUUAUAUUUGUAAAGUUGCUCUUUAUGGUGCAGAUGUUGGUUGUGGUUCUGCAGGUGCAUCUGGGGGUAACGCUACUAACUGUAAUGGAUGUGGUGAUACUAGUACUAUCCAAAAUUUAUUUUCUGUUUCUGCAACUCCAAAUUGUAAAGUCAUUGAUUGUAGUUCUAAUCCAGGUUCUAAUCUCAAUGGUUGGAUGUGUAAAUCCUGUAAUGGCGUCACUAAUGCUCAUUCAGCUUACUCUGCUGGUAAAUUACUGAGUGGAACUGCUUGUGUUGCCAGUUGCCCUUCAGGUUAUUAUGCUGAUUCAAAUUAUAUUUGUAAAGUUGCUGCUAAUGGUGCAGAUGUUGGUUGUGGUUCUGCAGGUGCAUCUGGGGGUAACGCUACUAACUGUAAUGGAUGUGGUGAUACUAGUACUAUCCAAAAUUUAUUUUCUGUUUCUGCAACUCCAAAUUGUAAAGUCAUUGAUUGUAGUUCUAAUCCAGGUUCUAAUCUCAAUGGUUGGAUGUGUAAAUCCUGUAAUGGCGUCACUAAUGCUCAUUCAGCUUACUCUGCUGGUAAAUUACUGAGUGGAACUGCUUGUAUUGCCAGUUGCCCUUCAGGCUAUUAUGCUGAUUCAAAUUAUAUUUGUAAAGUUGCUCUUUAUGGUGCAGAUGUUGGUUGUGGUUCUGCAGGUGCAUCUGGGGGUAACGCUACUAACUGUAAUGGAUGUGGUGAUACUAGUACAAUCCAAAAUUUAUUUUCUGUUUCGGCAACUCCAAAUUGUAAAGUCACUGAUUGUAGUUCUAAUCCAGGUUCUAAUCUCAAUGGUUGGAUGUGUAAAUCCUGUAAUGGUGUCACUAAUGCUCAUUCAGCUUACUCUGCUGGUAAAUUACUGAGUGGAACUGCUUGUGUUGCCAGUUGCCCUUCAGGUUAUUAUGCUGAUUCAAAUUAUAUUUGUAUAGUUGCUCUUUAUGGUGCAGAUGUUGGUUGUGGUUCUGCAGGUGCAUCUGGGGGUAACGCUACUAACUGUAAUGGAUGUGGUGAUACAAGUACAAUCCAAAAUUUAUUUUCUGUUUCGGCAACUCCAAAUUGUAAAGUCACUGAUUGUAGUUCUAACCCAGGUUCUAAUCUCAAUGGUUGGAUGUGUAAAUCCUGUAAUGGUGUCACUAAUGCUCAUUCAGCUUACUCUGCUGGUAAAUUACUGAGUGGAACUGCUUGUGUUGCCAGUUGCCCUUCAGGUUAUUAUGCUGAUUCAAAUUAUAUUUGUAAAGUUGCUGCUAAUGGUGCAGAUGUUGGUUGUGGAUCUGCAGGUGCAUCUGGGGGUAACGCUACUAACUGUAAUGGAUGUGGUGAUACAAGUACAAUCCAAAAUUUAUUUUCUGUUUCGGCAACUCCAAAUUGUAAAGUCACUGAUUGUAGUUCUAACCCAGGUUCUAAUCUCAAUGGUUGGAUGUGUAAAUCCUGUAAUGGUGUCACUAAUGCUCAUUCAGCUUACUCUGCUGGUAAAUUACUGAGUGGAACUGCUUGUGUUGCCAGUUGUCCUUCAGGCUAUUAUGCUGAUUCAAAUUAUAUUUGUAAAGUUGCCGCUAAUGGUGCAGAUGUUGGUUGUGGUUCUGCAGGUGCAUCUGGGGGUAACGCUACUAACUGUAAUGGAUGUGGUGAUACUAGUACUAUCCAAAAUUUAUUUUCUGUUUCUGCAACUCCAAAUUGUAAAGUCAUUGAUUGUAGUUCUAAUCCAGGUUCUAAUCUCAAUGGCUGGAUGUGUAAAUCCUGUAAUGGCGUCACUAAUGCUCAUUCAGCUUACUCUGCUGGUAAAUUACUGAGUGGAACUGCUUGUAUUGCCAGUUGCCCUUCAGGUUAUUAUGCUGAUUCAAAUUAUAUUUGUAAAGUUGCUCUUUAUGGUGCAGAUGUUGGUUGUGGUUCUGCAGGUGCAUCUGGGGGUAACGCUACUAACUGUAAUGGAUGUGGUGAUACUAGUACUAUCCAAAAUUUAUUUUCUGUUUCUGCAACUCCAAAUUGUAAAGUCACUGAUUGUAGUUCUAACCCAGGUUCUAAUCUCAAUGGUUGGAUGUGUAAAUCCUGUAAUGGUGUCACUAAUGCUCAUUCAGCUUACUCUGCUGGUAAAUUACUGAGUGGAACUGCUUGUGUUGCCAGUUGCCCUUCAGGUUAUUAUGCUGAUUCAAAUUAUAUUUGUAAAGUUGCCGCUAAUGGUGCAGAUGUUGGUUGUGGAUCUGCAGGUGCAUCUGGGAGUAACGCUACUAACUGUAAUGGAUGUGGUGAUACUAGUACAAUCCAAAAUUUAUUUUCUGUUUCGGCAACUCCAAAUUGUAAAGUCACUGAUUGUAGUUCUAACCCAGGUUCUAAUCUCAAUGGUUGGAUGUGUAAAUCCUGUAAUGGCGUCACUAAUGCUCAUUCAGCUUACUCUGCUGGUAAAUUUCUGAGUGGAACUGCUUGUGUUGCCAGUUGUCCUUCAGGUUAUUAUGUUGAUUCAAAUAAUAUUUGUUAAGUUGUUGUUAAUGGUGCAGAUGUUGGUUGUGGUAAUGCAGGUGUAGAUGGUGGUAAAGCUACUGAUUGCAAUGAAUGUGGUUCUACUAGUACAAUCUAAAAUUUAUUUUCGGUUUCUGCAACUCCAAAUUGUAAAGUUACUGACUGUAGUUCUAAUCCAGGUUCUAAUCUCAAUGGUUGGAUGUGUAAAUCCUGUAAUGGUGUCUCUGGCUCUCAUACAGCUUAUUCUGCUGGUAAAUUUUUUAAUGGGAGUGCUUGUGUUGCUAGCUGCAAUUUAGAAUAAACUUCUGAUUCAAAUAAUGUUUGCUAAGCUGAAUGUAGCCUUACUACCAGUUAAUAUUUGUUAAUGUUGACUUUUAUAAUAUUUUUUUUAUUCUUAAUCAUCUGA